UUUAAAGGCCUAUCAAAAGCUAGUCAUGUUAUAAAUGAAAUUGAGGAAAUAAAUUUAAUUAAAUUAAAUUUGUACACACGGAAAAAUCCAAACAAUAGUUACAUCCUAAAAUUUGAUGAUAAAGAAAAUUUAAAUAACUCACCACUGAAUCCAAUUGAUUCAACAAAAAUUAUAAUUCAUGGCUGGAAAGAUUCAUCAAAUUGUUCUGAAUGUUAUUGGAUGAAUAAUUUUCGUGAUAAUUAUUUAUUAGUUGGAAAUUAUAAUGUUAUUUUAAUUGAUUGGUCAUCAAUAUCAAAAGAAAAAUAUUUUAAAGCUGUUAAUGCAUCAUACUCGAUUGGAUAUAAAGUUGCUGAAUUUAUUGAUUUUUUUAAAAUAAUAAAAAAUAUAUCACUCAAUGAUGUUCACAUUCUUGGACACAGCCUUGGUGCACAUAUUGCUGGUUAUGCUGGUUAUUUUUUAAAUGGUAAAAUUGGUAGAAUAACAGCCAUGGAUCCAGCAGCACCAUUUUUUGAAUAUCCAAAAAUAAUGAAUGGUGUUGAACGUUAUCAUGCAAAAUUUGUUGAUGUUAUACAUACUUGUGGUGGUCCAUUAUCACCUGGUUAUAAAGCUGAAAUUGGUCAUUGUGAUUAUUAUCCAAAUGGUGGAAAAUGUAAACAGCCAGGUUGCACUAAAAAAAAUGAUCCAACAUGUAGUCAUCAAAGAGCCUAUCAAUAUAUGAUUGAAUCAAUCAUAAAUCCACAUGGUUUUUUAGCAAUUAAAUGUGAUAAAUGGAAAAAUUAUAAAAAAGGAAAAUGUAAUAGUAAAAUUGCUGUUUUUAUGGGAGAAAAUGUAAGCCAAAAAAUAAGAGGACAAUUUUAUUUAGAAACAAAUAAUGCUACACCAUUUGGAAAAGGA